CCGCAUGUCAACGCCGACCGGCGAGAAACUAUCCUGUACGGCGGGUGCACGUGAGAUCACCCUCUCUCUUCCCACGUCAUCGACCGUCCGCCAUGCGCUCAGAGCUGGCAAUGCUCCCACCUGACCAGCCCACGGGAACGGCCUACGGGCUUUCUUCGCUCCCAAAGCACCCGCCCUCCUUCCUUUUUCUUCCACAGUAAGAAAGAAAGCAUGUGAUGAGUGAGAUUCGAAGAAGAAGUCGAUAAAGAUCGAAGCUUCCUCAGGUUUCGUAGGAAAAGCGGUUCCUUGAUGGGCGAACGAGUUUGGUUUCAGUUCCUGUGCAACUUUCUUUGAUUGCCAUCGUCAUGUGUGAUCGGUGAUGGGUCCUCAAGCAUCACCCCGUUAUUGGACUUUGAUGGGUCUGAUACUGGCCUUUCUUGAUCUUGGCCUGGCUUACUUCCUGCUCUGUGCAUCGGCCCUGUGGUUCUUCUGGUCCAAGUUUUUGAACCUCUUCGGGCUCUAUGUCCCGUGUCCUUGCAGGGGAGUGCCGGGGUUUGUGGACAGCCGGCUCUGCUGGCACAAGCUGCUUGUUGAAAUCCCCAUGAGAAACAUCCUCGCCGUUCAGGUUUUAGUCAGGAGCAGGUUGCCCUUUAGCUCAAUUUGGUACGAGGAGCAAGGAUGCGGUUUCAAUUUACCGGUGGACAAGACCAAGGGAUCUGAAAAUUGGUUUCUUGAUUCGAGCAGUGAGGCGAGCUUGGGAUUGGAUUCGGGGUUGGUUUUGCGGAGUUUGAGAGAUAGAGGAACUGGGGAUGUUAAAGGAAAAGGAGUUCUUAGUCAGAAGCAGCAAAGGUAUGCAAGGAGAAGAAGAAGAGUGACUCUUGGGAAUGGAAAGUAUUCAUCCUCAUUGAGAAAUUUGGGCUCAUCAAGUGUCACUGAGAGGUCCUCUGUCUGUGGCUUCAAUGAGGGGAUGAGAAGUGAAAUUGGUGAAAGUUUGAGUCCUUUGAUUGGAAUAGAAGGGACUUUUCAGGGAGAUGAAAAGGUCCCAUUCGGCACCGAUAUGGGUGAGAAAAGUUGGCAUAGCUUUGAGCUGAGUGAAUCUAUCAAUGGGGGAAAAAGUGCAUAUACGAACACAUCUUGUGCUGAAAGUUUUAUUGAAGAAACGGCAGAAACUGUCACCGAUGAAUCAAAUAAAGUGAGAAUGUUGGAAAAAGCUCUUGAAGAAGUAAAGGCAGCUUACAAUGCACUGGUCUUGGAACUUGAUCAAGAAAGAUCUGCCGCAGGAACAGCUGCUGAGGAAGCCAUGGCCAUGAUCUCGCGCCUACAAAACGAGAAGGCUUCGAUAGAGAUGGAAGUUAGGCAGAAUCAGAGGAUGGUCGACGAGAAACUAGCAUACGAUGAAGAAGAGAUGAAUAUUCUCAAGGAGAUUCUAGUGAGGAGGGAGAUGGAGAACUUUGUUCUGGAGAAUGAAGUUGAAACCUUGAAGCAGAUGAUGUCUUCCAGUGAUAACAACUCGGAAGGAUGUCCACGAGAUGAAGAUAUUCGAUUGGCAGUGCCACAGGUUGAAAAUGGCGGAAUGAAUGGCGAGAAAGCAGUGGUGAGAAUUGAUAAUUCUUCGAGCUACAGAUCGCAAGAAGACGUGUUUCAAAGCAAGAGCUUAGAAUCUGAUACAUCAACUGAGCUUGAGGUUCUUGAGAAAAAUGGUGAGACACAGAAAUGUUUAUCCUGUGAUUGCGAGGGAUCGAAUAAGUAUGGACAAGAAAGAGAUAACGAAGUACCUCAAGUAGUUUAUGAUGUUCAUGUAGUUGAUGAUGAGACUGAACAACCUGUAAGGAGAACGGACAAAGAUGGCCCAGUAACGGACAUUUCUUUAGAUGUUGAGCUGAUUGGCCAAAGAAGUAGUUUGGAUACGAUCAAUGGUCUUGAGGGACUUGGCUCAAUCCAUGACUCAGGGAGGAGUUUGUUGUCCACUGUGAGUUCUGAAAGGCUUCGGCUUGACAGUGAAGUGGAGUGGCUGAGAGAAAUGCUGCGGAAAGUACAAGAGGAGAAGGAAAAGCUUAAGCUAUCUGCCGAGAACAGAGAUAAGGGGAGGAUCGAGCUUAAGUUACUAGAGGAAAUCAGGGAUCAGCUUCAGGAGAUUCAGAAGCUGGGGAAGCCUCUAAGGCACAGUUCAUUGCCGCCUUCAAUUUCUAAGGCAAACUUGAAGAGAAGCCGCAGUCAAAGCGGGUCUGGGAAUGCCCAAGAGAGUGCUUGAGGAAACAUUGCGGGCUUCUUCGGUUUCCACCUCUGUAUUUUUAUAAUCUUUUGGGGUGUCGUUUAUGCGUGAUUUCUUGCACGUUCUCUGCACAUAGCUUUUGUGUUUUGGUUGAAGAAUAGUUUGCCCAGUUCCCAUCUACUUUGACCCAUUCCAGCAAUCACAUCAUUGGCCUAGGAACAACCGGGCCAGUACUUGCAGCAAUCAAUGGUUAGAUGUUCUGGCAUCGGCCGAGUAGAAUGGGUCUGGGAUAGAAAAUCUCGUGUUCAUGUUGGCUCAAGCAUCUGUUGUACAGUGUAAAUCGUGUGUAAAAUUUGAAGUUCGGAAAUUAAGAUUUUUCCAUAGCUUAGGCAUGUGUUUCUGCGUA